AUGGGUGACCAAACCAAAGAUGUGGACUUCCAGUCUCAUGCCCUGCUGUCUGCAGCCAAAGUUGGAGCCCUGAGUGGAGCUGCCGGCCUGAUCUAUGGAGGAGCUGCCGGAGUAAUCAGAUCCCCUAAUCCCAUGAUCCAUUCGUUGUCAUGUGGCAUUCACUGGUUUGCAUGCGGCUCAGCUUUUUGGUGGCUACGAACCAACAUUAUUAAACAUCAUUACCAAGAGAAAGCCUCGCCGAAGGAGCGCACGUACGCGAGUGCUCUAUGCGGUGGCAUCGCCGGUGGAGGUGUAACGAAGCUGAUGGGAGGCCGGCUGGUUCCGGGCACUAUCAUUUUCGCAUUACUGGGCUAUUGUGGCCAGAGUGUCUUCAAUCGAGUCGACACCUGGCAGAUGGAAAAUGCACACACGACAUCAAAGCCCUUGAUGCAGCGAAUGGCUGAUUCUAAGUGGAUUCCACUCCGAUCCCUGUCUGACCAGGAAUACAGGGAAAUGCUGGGCGAAAAGCUGCUUAGUAUCGAGGCCGAGAUUGCCCUUCUGGACGACAAGAUCCAGGAACUGGAGAACUCUCGCCCUGUCCCUGCCUCAGUCUCAAAGUAA